AUGCCGAAUCCUCGUAAGAAGGUGCCUAUCCUGGAGCUGGAUUUAACCCCUUCCUCCCUACAUCUCCUGAAAAGGGCUCACCUGCAGCAGCAUUGCAAGAGGCUAGGUCUGAGUGCAGGGGGCAAGAAUACUGAUCUUCUACAGAGGCUGCAGGAUUAUUUAAAACAGACAUCAAAAGGUGGUCAGUCACCGAAAACCCCUCCACCUGGCACACCAGAGGACAGGAGCACACCUGAGGCACAGACAGGGGGUAGAGGCUGGUGUGUUAUCCAUGGGUUGCAGCUAACAGUGGAUCGCUGGACACAACUAACUCUUCGGUGUGGGCGUGUCUGUGUGGCCAUUGGUAAUUCCUAUGUACCGCUUCACCUUACACCUUCAUCUUUGCCCACACCCCCUGGUCUCAUGGACAACCUCGUCUGCAAGGAAUGCUUGGAGAGGAACCAGGAGAAAGAGUCUCGUAUUCAGCAGAAAUCUACAGCUCAAGAUAAAUCCUAUCCCCCUUCUGGGCAAAUGAGAAAAUCCAUGGUCAGCAAUAACUCACGCUCCUGCAAUAAGUCUAGCAGAUUUCAACCUCAAGAGGACCCCGAAUAUGCACGAAAGGUGGACGAACUCCUUUUGAAGAUGGCAUCAGGGCAGGUUGAUUCUGAUAAAGUUUUAGGAUCCAUGUGCCCCACUGUUGUUCACUCUCCACUUGGAAAGCAGGAGUGCAGCUAG